AUGCGGAACUCAACGGGAGUUUUUAUUGUUGGCUGCUUCUUUUUCGUGUACUUUUUAUUUCUCUCGUGAGUCACUUCUGUCAUUCCUGCCACUAAAAAUUAUCUCACGUUUACAGAUCGAGUCCAACAUCUUACGAUAGCUCGGAAAAAAGAAAGGAAUAUGAAAAAUCGGAAACAUUUCCAAAAAUUCAGUAAGAAAUCUGUUUUGAAUGAGGAAGAAUCUACAUCAAGAUUUACAGGCCAAAAGUCGAGGCUGACAUACUAGUGAGAAGUGCCCGCGGAAAUGUUUCAUAUUCAGAACUUGACGGAAAAGUCAAAAGUGGAGAUUUAAAUCCGGAAAUUUUUCUUUUUCAGGUCUAUCGUAAACUCGGCUAUGAAAUCGUGGAAAACGCCACGCCAGUCGCUGUACUCCGUUUGCAGAGACCUCAAACUUGUGAAGAGGUUGAAUGGAUUAAAGUUGAGAUGAAAGUUUCGGUUGAAGGUUUUCACUGGCUGGCUUCGAGUAGCCGAUCAGAAACAGCCGCCUAAGCCGCCCAGGAAAAUCCCCGAAAACUUCGUCGAUAAAUUCUUGCUUUACGGUUAUGCAAGCGUCAACUAUGUGAGUUUCUUCCGAUUUGAAAAGCGCUGACCGCAUUUUCAGGCUUACCACGACGACCGAGACUCUCCGACAGGUCAGAAACCGACAUGGUGGGAAAACAUGACGACGGUAAUGAAGAAAAAGCCGCUGGAGUUGGCCAAUAUGGCAUAUGGUAUCCAGGCCUGUAAGUUUUCUUUUUUCCGACUUUUCUUCUCUUGUGAGGUUUUGGAACAUUCUUGAGACCUGUUUCAGUGUCGGUGUACCAUGCCAUGUCAAGCGUCGGCCUGAGGGAUCAAAAAGGGUUCGUCGUCGGCAGCAUGAAGCCGUGGGUCGAAGCUUUUGCUCUCAAGGCGGGAGCCCAGCACGUUCUCACCGUUGAGUACAACAAACUCAACAUUGAACCAACUUUCCGGGAUAGUAUGAGCCACAUCUUCCCGAUUGAUUUCUGCAAAGAUUGGUCCAAGUGAGCUUCAAUUAUAACUUCAAUAAAAGGCCGAUAGAUACGCUCAAACCUUUGACUUUGCUGCUUCAUUCUCGUCCAUCGAACAUUCUGGAUUGGGAAGGUUUGAUUUUUUAUGAAAAAAAUAGAAAAAAAAAUCCCUGAAAAGAACAUUUUUCUAAAUUGACUUUGUUAUGAUCGCUAUUAUAUCGUCAAAAUGUCAAGCUCUAUAUGCUUAUGUCUUUAUAUUCAUUUUUUAUUGAUCAUAUAAUAUCCCCCAUUUAUUUAUUCAUUACAAUCAAGUUGAAACCCAACUUUUUCACGUUCUUUCACAGUUCAAGAAAAUUCUCGAAGUAUCUACUCAACAGUAAAAACCGAUUUUCACCUGUUUGGACUUCUAAUAAGUUUUUUACUAGUUUAAUUUUGAGAUACGGCGACCCUGUAGAUCCCAUCGGUGAUCUACGAGAAAUGCAGAAAAUCCAUUGCAUGUUGAAACCUGGAGGUUCUUGCUAAUUCAGCCUCACCGAGGGAGGAUAUCUCAUUUCCAGGCCUGUUAUUCCUCGGAAUGCCCCAAGGAAGAGACCACAUCACCUACAAUUUACACAGAAUAUACGGUCCAAUACGUCUCGCUCUAAUGUUCACGGGUUGGACCAAAUAUCUUUCAAUUUAUUUUAGAAAGCUCAGGUUUCGAAUGGGUUUCGACGUUUUCCGGGCAUCAGCCUGAACCAAUCGACGUCAAUUUUUCCACUUUUAACUUGAAUCUUGGUUCUUUUGUUCAAAAUACGUUUGUUUUGCGGAAGGUCUAGUAUUUCUCUUGUUUAUUUUUCCGUCCAUUGUUAUUAAUUCAUGAAAGAUAAAGAUGAAAAAACUACUAAUAAAGCUUUUUGAGAACCAGAGACAACAGGAUUUCCGUGUGCCUGACACUUCCUUCAGUUUGAACGAGCUCAUUCAUAUGUUGUUCGAACUUUUUUUUUUCUUGGCUGGUGAAACUUUCAAAGACCGGAACUGAAUUCAGACCACGUGUGAACGAUAAUCCUUUUUAGUACAAUUUUCCGAAGAGCCAUAACGUAGGGACAUUGGCCCUGUACAAAUAAAGUGAAUCAUUCGCUUCAUUUGAGUACAGCUGCGACACAUGAGCACAUAAGCUUAUAUCGUUUUUUUUCUAUUUUUCCAUCAUCAGUUUCUAGGCUAAUUUUAAUUGAUUCAUCAGUUAACCAGAAUUUUUCGUUCAGCUCAUGUUUCAUAAUAGAUUAAUGUCUUCCCGAUUAUUUUCCAUUAUCUUCUUCAUGUUCAUCGUAGUGCUAUUGCUACUGACGUUGACACAGGCAGGUUAAACUGGAAGUUUUGUGGAUGACUUUACUUUUAUUUUCCAGCGGAGAUUUCAAGACUCUGAUUACAUAAGGCGAAAACUAGAGCAGGCAAAAGAGGUUAGUACGAUUCACUAGAAAGGAAAAAAAAUCAUUUGUUAUAUAUAAGCUCACUAAGAAUAACUGCCGAGAUAAACGCGAGACACUGGCGGUACAUUGACGAGCUCGCAAACAUCUCGCUUUUUUUCUCGCGCCGGUCUCGCAUUUUUCUGGGCGCCAGCUCGCACUUUUCUAGGCGCGAGCUCGCAUUUCUCUCGCAAUUUGAAAAUUUCCCAAAUGCAAGAUAAAUGCGAGAUGGCGCCGAGAAAAAUGCGAGGUCGCGCCGAGAGAAAUGCGGGAUCGCGCCUAGAAAAAAGUGACAUUUUUGCGAGUUAGUCAAUGUACCGCCACCGAGCUCGCGUUUAUCUCGUCAGUUAUUCUUAGUGCUGGAAUGAUCAGAACUAUUCACCCAAACUCAAUUUUCCCGUUUGAGAAAAAAGAAGAGAACUCGCUUACGUUCGAAAUAAUCGAUGACGACACGAUACGUUACAAGAAGCCGUCGAAGCAACGGAUAGCCAUUGUUUCAGUUGUUGAAGACAAGAAGCACGUCGAAACUUAUGACGUCGCCAUCAGUUAGUUCAACUCAUUUUUUCUCAAAAAAUUUCUCUUUUUUUGUACUUAAAGGUGUCAUUGCAGAAACAAUGAAGUGCUACGCGGCUAUUCACGAGUACAACUACAUCCUCGCUGUCGAAAAGGACUUUGAUUGUCCUCACAAAGACGUUUGAAACUCAUAACGAAUUCACAAAAAACCUUUUCAGAGGUUUUUCCGUCGACAUUGUGUCGUGGCCAAGAUACUUCAAGGCUAUGACGUAGUAAUGUUCUUGGAUGCCGACAUUGGCGUGGUCUUCCCUAAGAGGUUCUAAUUGCUUUCAAUAAAUGAUGAGAAUUUUUGACACAUGAAAAAUGCAUCCAAUAACUUUUUUUUUUCUCGAAACAAGCCUAUAAUUCAGAAGAAUCGAGGAAUAUUUGGACCAAAAUAUAGAUGUAACGUUCUAUGAUCGGUUUUACAAUUGGGAGAUAAUGGCCGGCUCGUACAUUGUGAAGAAUACGCCUUUCGGAAGAGACCUAAUAGCUGGUAUGGGAAGAAUUCGGAUGAUCUGCAGUGUUUUCUUCAGGAUUUGCAAACUUCGAGUAUCGAAUGCCAAACAGCUUUCACGGCACCGACAACGGUGGUUUGCAUGUGAGUUUGAAAAAAUUUCAAGAAAAAAUAAUCAUUUUUUAGCUUUACCUCGCCCAAAAACUGUUUCCAAAUGAGAAGAACUUCAUCUCCAACUGUAUCAGAGUUUACAAUAAAUCGAAAGAUUUCGACGACUUGUUUGCCUACGAAGCCUGCAUCCGAGCACUUUUCGGAGCCAAGUCUGACUUUGGAAAAGUUCGAAUUAUGAGAAAGGUGACUGAAUAGAAACGUAAAUUUCAUUCGAAUAUACAAACUCAAAAAACAAUUUCCAGAAAAAUCAAGCCAUCGAGUUAAAAGAUUUGUGAAGAGUUAUAAAUGAUCAAAGGUUAUGAUUUUAAUGUUCAAUCGCUGUUUCCGGAAUUGAAAUAAAAGAGAAAAGUGGACAAUAAAGUUAUUGAUGAGCACUGAGAGAUCCGUAUAAAACAGUGAUCUCUGGGUAUAGGUAGAGUAGAGUUUCCCCAGCUCACUUUUUUGUUGUUUUCUUCAUUCGAUAAGUUCAAAAAGAGUUCAGGGAACCGGUUGGGCAAGGGACAACUGGUUGACGAACAGCUUGUGGAACAAGGAACGAGAUUUCAUGAUUCACGGAUGGAAAAAGAAUCAACUACAGAUAACUCCUAAUGAAGACGUCAGGUUGGACGGAAAACUCACGAGAUCAAUUGAAUAAGGAAUAUUUAGAAUUUACGAAAGUUCUCGAAGUGCGUGGUACAAUCCUUUUCUAGGAGACAUUGAUGUCACAAAGUGCUCUCCGAAGUUGGUUUCUUGUCAAUUUUUUUCAACUUCAUGGGUGUUCUCAUCCAUACGAAUUCUGAUCUUUUAGGAACAUGACGUGGAGUUAUGAUCGAAGGCUUCUCACCCAUGAAACCAGAAUUCAAGAAAAAUUGGACGUUUUCGAAGCUGAAGUGACCCGAAAUCAGUUGAAAAGCUUAGCUCGCGUAGGUAACUACCUGUGAGUCUUCUUUCAAGAGUUCGAAUAGAUAUUAUUUCACGGGUUCAAAAUAAUUGUUUUGAAGUUUUCCGCAUAAUCUUUUCCGUGUUACAAUAAAAUUGUUUCAAAGCACUUUUUAACCAAAUAUUUUUCUUAUUCGUCAAGAAGAAUAAUUAAAUAAAUUGUUCAACAUUUUGUUGCAAAGAAUAGUUAAUGAAAGACACGAAAUAAAAUCAUGAAAAUUGCAACAGAAAAGAAAAAAAUUGCAAGCUGUGCAAGUGCGGACCUCGGUGACGUGAACCGAACGCGAAUCGGACGUGUCGGGCGAAUUCUAGUGAUCACUUUAGUAGCGUGAGCACUCUUUUUUGAUCUCCACCAUAAUGUCCACGACACGUCUCUUCGGGUCAAACUUGAACUCAAAGUCCGAAGAACCACUGUUCACAAGCGUAAAUAUAAUUCAGUUUUACGCCAACUAGUUUUCAGCAAAAGUUCGAGAAAGGAAAGUAGCCUUUUGGCCAUUAACCGAGCCGAGUCUAAUUUCUGGUGCCGAGUUACGUGAUCUUCGCGAAUUUUUGAUAUGACGGAUAAAACAGAAUUUAUUCAGAGUGGUAUGAAUUCAAAGCUAAUGAACUAUCAAUUUCCCAGAGAAAGUGACCGGUUCGGUGAGAGGAAAUGGUUUGAGGAGUUGGUUGUCCAUUCUUUUCGUCAUAUAAUAACGCUGAAAUUUCAUCAAAUUAAACUUCUCUUUUUUUCUUUACCCCUGUGGUUGAGAGAAUCUGAAAGUUGCGGAGAUAGCGUUUUAAUAAGAAAAGGAAAAAAAAUCUAUUAAAGAACGGUUUUCAUAAACCCGUAUGAAAGUGUUUCAUAGAAGGUUUUGAAAGGUUUUAAAAGUAUUGAACCCUGCAACUUUCAUUCAUAUCCAACUUUAAUUUUUAAUUUUAAUUUUUUUUUCCUUUUUUGAGGUUUUUCUUUGAAGUUAGGUUACCACGGUCAUUACGAACCUUGUUUUAUAACACUUUUUUCAAGAUGGAUUCUUUGGAUCGUUUCCUCAGAUCUGCCCUUAUCUCACGAGAUCUCCGUGUAGCUUCCAGUGGAACGUCAGUGAGAAACAUCACGAAGGUAUCCUUUGGUCAUUGGGUCUUUUUAUUCAAUUUUUGCUUUCAUCACAAAUGCCGAAAACGUCGAAUUUCGUCUGAACAUUCACCUUAACGGCUACAUAAAGACUAAAACGAGGUACCAAAUUUUCAAAGGAAUUUCUUUGGUCACUUUGCAUCUUUUUCGGCAUGAAUUUUCUGGUUUUUCGUGGCAUUUAUCCAGUGUAGACCUGAUUAGCUGAUACUCUUGCGAAAACGGUCCUUCCAUCUAGUCGGGUGCCGCGUUUUAGUUUUCUGAAUGUAUUGACCUUCGCUUUCUUGAAAACGUUGGAGUGAGUAUACGACUCUUUCAGGGUAUUACCAUCAAAAAAUUUUCCUCGGGUUUCAUUACAAAUAUCUGUGGCAACUAAGUUUCGUCUGUGGCAUGGCUAUAGGGCUUCCGAAGUCAUUUUUUUUCAGGACGAACUUUACACAGAUUUUCAUUUAGUACAUAAUAGAAUUUUAAGCAAUUUUUAAAAACAUCCAAAUUGCAAAGUAAUUGAAAAUCCCUCGUAGAGACUGCGUCUGGCCUUUUCUGUCUUGAAAUCGUUUGUCAUGCCGCCUCCUUGUCUCAGGUAGAGUCGGCUUCAAGCAAGUCUCGGCAUUCGAGAAUGAAUGACCCUUGGACCCCAGAACGGCUUCCUAUCCGUUGGUUUUUUGGACCUUCAUCUAGAGUCCGCUCUUCUUUUCAGUCGUGUCCAAUUUAUUUAUCAUAGACUCUAGUUCGAUAAAAAUUACAAAAAGAAGGUUUGGGAGAUUCUUGCCUUAGAUGUUAAUUUUCACAAAUUCUGGUUACUUUUCGACUUCCUUAGUGUUCCAGUCGAAAUCAUAACAAUUGAGAACAAGGGAAUCUUUUCAAAGCGUAGUUUCCUUUCAUUUGUAAAGACCUCGAGUUUAGUGGCGGGUGCCAUUGAAAUUCAGCCGUUCAGGGACAUUGAAAACCAAUAUUUUCCCUGUCGCAGUUUGACUAUUUUUUCCCAUUUUUCAUUUACCUUUCGCAGUACCUAACAAAUCAUUUCAGAUUGCUCAUGUAUUUAAAAUAUUUGUUCUUCAAUUCGAUUUCUGGAGACGAAAAUGGACGUCAAGGACCCGUUUUUGCUUAUUUUAUCAAAUUAUUUUGCCGUCGAAUCCCUAUUUUAAUAGGUAAACUGUUAUUCAUCACAUCUCAAAACAUUUAUUUUCAGUUUUUACAACAUCAGUCUACCUUUAUCUCAUCUUUACCGAAAUCCCACGCUUUAUUCCAGAAUCGUGAGUUGUUUGUCCAGUCUAAUAUGUGAAAUGAAGCAAUUUAAAGCAAAUCUCCACUGCAGGAACAGACAUUCGCCGAACCUCCAAAAGUAAGCCAUCAGUCAAGAGAAUUGAUCAAAAGAAAAAUUUUCUCUAAAAAAAAUAAUUUUAGAAUCGUAUACUGACUUCGCACCUGUAUGCUGUGAGAUUUGGUGGCGGUUUAGGUGUGCUUUGAAGAAAGAAAAGUAAAACAAAAUUUCAUUCUGAGGGAACCAACUAUUCGAACUUGCCGCCCUAUAUGGAGUCGCCGCCUAUCUCAACCGAAUACCAACUUUGGAUUCUUCGAACCCAAAGCUCGUGCGAGUCUUAGAGACUAUGAUUAAACCGAAUUUCCCUCGAUUCAUCAAUCUUUUUCGCAUGGUCCCAGCAAAGGUGAGUGGAAAAGAUGUUAGAAGAAGCCUGAAAUUAUCAGGAGAAAAGAGCAACGAAACGAGAGUUGAGCAACGGGCAUUGCUGCGUUUUCGACGAUCCUUCCAACCUGGUCACCGUCAGAAACCACCAUCUUCAUCUUGUCGGCCAUUAUUUCCAAGUGCGUUUCAAUUCCUUAUUUCAUAUUUUUGACCCCUUUUAGAGAGUGAAAGUUGAGAGAUCUUAUUUUAGAGCUUCAAGUACUUUGACUAUAGAAAAGAUAAACUAAGAAAGAUGUUAGCUCCGCGUCGAGAAGCUGAAGAAAAAGCGGAGAGAUUGCUCCCCGACGACAGGAAAAACGACACUAUGUGAGUUUCGUGCGGUUUCCCUGCAUAUUCAAAUUUUCCCGUUAAGGAGUUCUGAUUGAAAGAAAUUUGUGCAUGAGUUUUCUAUAUCGUUUUUGUCAAACUAAAAUGAACCAUAUAAAUGAGUUUUCGGCUUGCAGAUGUAAGGGGCGGGGCGCACACAGAAGGUUUAAAAUAUCCAUUUAAGCUUUUAAAAAAAAUAGAUGAUGUAAGGAGUACAUGUAGAAGUUUUUCAAAUUUUUGUUUUUGACGAAAAUUUAAAAGAUGGGACUUUUCCGGAAACUCCAGAAGUGUUAUGGAGCAUUUUUCAGAGUUUGUGUCCACAUCAGAAGAGGCGACUUCCUCACAGACGGAAUGCACGCAGGAACUGACGGCAACUUCACAAAAACUGCCACAGACUAUCUUGUUCGCAAAUGUUGGUGUUUUUUUCGUCCGAUUUCGUUUAAUUUAAUUGGUAAUCAUUAUUUUCAUUCAGAUCAUGAUCGUAAACGCGGACGUGUAACUGCAGUCGCAAUGACGAACGAUAUCAAGUGGACCAACACUUUAUUUAACGGUAAAAUCUUAUUUCCGUGGAUUUACCUCAACUUUCAGUCUAAGGGACGAGAACGGUAAACAAUCCUAUCAAAGUCAAUACUCCUGAUCUCAUCGAACCUUACGAGGUUUUCUUUCUUUUCGUACUUCUAGGCUUAUUUCUUCAGCUUUAUACGUCAACGCUGGAUGCCGCCGGCGACUUGGCUUUCUCGGCGAAAUUUUGCAACGUUUUUCUGAUAACAGGUAAAUUUAUCAUCUGAAAGUUUUGCACAAGUCAAUCUAGCGCCAUCUUCGACCUUCGGCUGGUGGUUAGCAUAUUUGUCUCGUCCUGGGGCAGAUGUGUAUCACCGAGACAUCUCUCAGACCGAUGACAAGGUCGAAAUGUUCUUCUAAAUCUGAAUGUUUCAUGUCUCCCAUGUUUCAGGUCCAAAAACAGCUUUUGCCGGCGGAUUUCUACCCUCCUGAAUGGACCAAACUGCACUAUCUGCAGGAUAAUCAGAAACUCCAAGAAUCUCACAAUUUUCGAUAAUUUAAAUAAAAAUUAAUCGUUUACCCUGCUGAAGAACAAUUGAUAACAGCAGAAAUAUGAUGUCUGAAACGGCAUUGAACUCGAGAAACGAGAAUGGAAAAAAAAAGAAUUUGAGAAAAGAUUCGAGCAACAAAAGGAAACCAAUCAUAACAGUACUUCGUCGAAAAUAAAUUUUGUAGCUGUUUUCAAAUUGAAACGCUUUUGAAAGCUCUGUGAACAGCAGGGGAAGGAGCACAAUGAAAAUUGAUACGGCUUCACCCCACCUUUUUUUGGGCGAUAGCGAAUGUUUGCCUCCCUUUCUGCUUUCAAGUAUUACAAUAAUCAUUUACCAAUUAUUCGAAUCUAGGAGCUUCCUAAAGCUCUCGAGUGCUUCAGAUAAGGUUUUGGUUGGAAAUGAUUCUGAUAAGAGUCGCUUGGUUAUUUUUUCCCAAUUUUUUGUGUAAUUUUUUCGCAUCACAAUAAGAAACUCUUUAUGCUUCUUUAAUUCUAAUUUGGAAGUUAAAAAAAUGAAAAAAAAAAUUCUAUUUCGAGAAUGACCAAUAUUCUAUUCAAAAACACUUACCGAGAAAAAUUAGCAAUUUUUUCGCGGAGUAUUCCGAGAGCCAUAUCUACCUUUUCAAUGGGUUCAAAAGCCGUGAGUCUCGAAGAGGAACCGGUUAUGAAGCACUCAUAAACCGGAAUAGAACUUGCAUGUGGGAACAAACCUUUUCUACAGCAUUUUGAGAGCGCUUUAGAAGCCUUUUUGGAUAAGCAUUUCCACAGACGUAUCUCCCAAAUCCAGGUCUUUCUUGUAAAGAAUGACCAACUUGGAAAAGUUUUUUUCUAAGCUGGAAUUCAAAUGUUUGAGAGUACAGUAUGAUGCCUUUUAACCUUUCUUCGAAGCUUUACCAUCUCAUCGUUUUUUUUCGGUUGAGAGAUAUAGAAAUCAAAACGCGAUUGAAACAUCAAAUCGUGUUCUGUUCCAGUCUGCUUCUGGAUCGCGGACGAACAGACGCCGACGGCCGUAGUAUCCAGGUCUAUCGUGGUCUUCAUCUCCGCCGAAUUUCUCCACGGAUCCUGGCAGGUGAAAUUCCCCUGUCGCAGCGUUUCGAAUUCUGAUUCAAGGGUGCGUCUUUUCUCGAUCCCACACUUUCAUGUCCUUCCGCCGCAGGUUUCAAUGUACUAAGAUUUCAGCCGCAUGUAUAAUUGUUCCAGCUUUCCUUCUAACUCUUUUAUUUCUUCGGGUAUGUAUCUAAUGGUCGUCGAUCCGAAGCGUCUAUUUUUAGAGCAACUAUCAGUCGGAAUUCGACCCAGAUUCAAUACUCAGUACAAACGAAAAAGACCGGGUGAGAAUGUUUUUUGUAAAUGAUGAGCAGUACUUCUCUUCUCCGAAAUGAUUUUUUUUUGAUUUUUUUUUAUUAUAGUCCGAUAAGAGCAUAGGCAAGCGUUAUCAUGAACAUUGAAGUCUUUAAAACAUGGCCCAUGCUUUGAAGAUGACUCAGGGCACAGUUGUUGACAGGAUUCACGAGAAAUUAAUAAUGAGAAAAUCUACUCAUAUGACAAGAAAUUUCGUUUGAUAUCAUUUUUGUUAUUACACUGUUUUAUUCAAACAUAUUUGAAACGGCAGCUCGAAAAAAAUAAGCAUGUUUUCUCUUAAUCUUCUGUCUAUUACUCUCACUUGUGGUAGCUCUUGAUUGAAUUAUUUCGUAAAUAAAAACACAAUAAUAGGGGUUGAUUUUAUAAAAAAAAUAAUGCAUAACUCGUCCUUCUACUUGCAUGCUCUAGCUUCUGAUCUUGUCAGAAAGGAACUAUUUUUCAGAUUAAAGGCAGGAUCGGCUACGAAGUGAUCGGAAACAACGAGCUGUUCUACAAUACAACCGAAAAAAUUGCAAUUGUUGCCGUGGUAGAAAACGUCGAUAACAUCAGCUUGUACGAAUUUCCAAUUCGUAGGUUUCGAAUUCUUUCAGUUCAAUUCUUACGAGGUACCAGAAAUACCAGUCGUUUUGAGGCACCAUACAGUGUUACUCGAAGAUACAACAGUAUCAUUAUGUUCUCGCGCUGGCCUCCGACUUUGACUGCAACAUGAAGGAUGUUAGUUUUUCUUUUUUUAAUAAUAAUAAUUUAUUCACAGAUCAGUGUGAACCCCAACGAGUUCACUUCGAUCUACAAUUUAAAAUGA